UGUCUUUUUUUGCACAGGACAUCUUUUUAGGAAUGGCUUUGGUGGAAGAGCUUCUCCUGCAACCUACUAGCAGAAGCAUAUUGCUUGGUGCUGUGGUGAUGCUUCUGACACUUGUUUAUUUUUGCUCCUCUCGCUCUAGCUCUCAGCAACAAUGGAAGGAACCCCCAGGACCCAAGCCACUGCCUAUCCUGGGGAACUUACUAGGUAUUGACCUCAAGAGACCCUAUGUGAGUCUCUGUUCGAUGUCAAAACAAUAUGGAUCCAUAUUCACUGUGUACUUUGGUCCAAAGAAAGUGGUUGUUUUGGCAGGAUAUCAAACUCUCAAGCAAGCUCUGGUGAAUCAUGCAGAGGAGUUUGAAAACAGAGACAUCACUCCUAUAUUCGCUGACUUCAACAAAGGAUAUGGAAUUCUGUUUUCCAAUGGAGAGAACUGGAAAGAGAUGAGGCGCUUUGCUCUCUCCACCCUUCGAGACUUUGGGAUGGGCAAAAGAGGGAGUGAAGAGAAAAUCAUAAAAGAGACACGUUAUUUGAGAGAAGUGUUUGAGCAGUUUAAAGGGAAACCAUUUGAUACCACACAGCCAGUGAAUUAUGCCAUUUCUAAUAUCAUCUCAGCCAUUGUGUAUGGAAGCAGGUUUGAAUACAGUGAUCCUCUGUUCAAAGACAUGGUUGCCUGGAGUAAUGAGAAUAUCAGGCUAAUUGGCUCAGCAUCUAUACAGGUGUACAACAUGUUUCCCUGGCUUCAUUCUUGGGUAAAAAACAGGAAACUCAUCAUGAUAAACCGUGAGAACUCUAUCAAAGGAAUAAACAGACUAGUGGACCGUCUGCAGGAGACACUGAACCCUCAGGACUGCAGAGGCUUGAUUGAUUGCUUUCUUGUAUGCAAACAGAAAGCAGAGGAAUCCGGAGAGAAGAACACUUUGUUCCAUAAACAGAACCUACUUUACACGGUAGCCAACCUCUUUGGUGCUGGUACUGACACAACUGCUGCAACUCUGCACUGGAGCCUUCUGCUAAUGGCCAAGUAUCCUCAUGUACAGGAUCGAGUUCAGGAGGAGAUUGACAGGGUGGUUGGAGAUCGUCAGCCAGUGAUGGAGGACAGGAAGAACUUGCCUUACACUGACGCAGUAAUACAUGAAAUCCAGAGACUGGCCAACAUAUCACCCAUGAGUCUCCCUCACACCACCACUUGUGAUGUUCACUUUCAGGGCUUCUUUAUCAAGAAGGGAACAUCUGUGCUUCCUCUUUUGACAUCUGCAUUGAGGGAUGAGAAUGAGUGGGAGACCCCCUACACCUUCAACCCAGCACAUUUCCUUGACAAGCAGGGACGAUUUGUGAAGAGAGAUUCCUUCAUGCCAUUUUCUGCAGGACGCAGAGUCUGUGUGGGAGAGAGUCUGGCCAGGAUGGAGCUCUUCCUCUUCUUCACCUCCCUCCUGCAACAUUUUCGCUUCACUGCUCCACCAGGCGUGUCUGAGGAUCAGCUGGACCUCACUCCAGCUGUGGGCUUCACACUGAGACCCUCCCCCCACAAACUCUGUGCAAUUAGCCGCAGUGCUUAGCCUCUUCAGUACUGGCACACUUCUGUCAAAGCGUCAUUUCCUUUUUUAUAAUUGUCUAGAAUUGUGGUGAUGCAAUAUACAGUUGGAAAGCUUGAAAUCUCAAGAUUCCCACAUACUGUUUUAUGAUGCAUUUUUCACAGCAGUUACAAUCGUCUCAUUUCCAACAUUAACACCAAAUGAGCAAAUCAUAGCACAUCUGUGGCCCCUUACCUUCAAAUCCCUGUCACUAUCCACAAAGACAUCAUAAUCCAAAACAUGUGGUCUUGGUAAUACAGUAAGUGGUAGAGAUCAGUUAAGAGAUCUAUGGAUCAGGCAGAAAUAAAUCCCUAGCCUCUAGCCUCUGUUACUAUUGUCAGUAAUUCAUACAAUUAUUCUGAUGGUUGGAAAAAUACUUGAGUGUUACCUUUCAAAUGAGACCAAGAUCAUGACUAUAACCCAAAGUAUGUGGAAACAAUGCUCCUUUUACAGUAUGCCAUUUCAAACAAAAAUGGGGUGACAACAAGUUAACAGAGUGAAGAUGUGGAUAAACUGAUGCUAUUGUUCCAUAUGUAGUAUAUGCCAAAGCUUAUUCUAUGGCUGCUGAUCUAUUAGUCAGUAAUUUUACUUAAUAUUUCAUGUUCAAAUAUUCUGUUUUGAUGUUU